AUGAACAGUAAAUUGCAAUAAAAAUAACAAAUAGAUGUUAAUUAUUGUAAUAAAGUAUGGUUAAGAAUUUUGUUCAUGUUUGAUCAUAUGUUUGAUUCAGAACAUUGAAGUACAGCUAUGUUCACGCAGUGCAUCAUUGCAUGUUUUUGUGAAAAAGUUAACUGCAGAUAAAUUCAUAACGAAUAUUUUGAAAUUGUUAACACCAUAAACUGUAGAAUUAUUUUUUGAAUUGAGCCGUUUCUGUGAUAUAUAUACAAAAAUAGGCAAGUGAAUAAGCAAGUGAAAGAAGGGAACAUUGUUCGCAUCGUACGAAAAUGCCAUGCUGGUAUUAUGAGAAGAAGGAACUGCGAAACACUCCAUCGAUUCAGGAUGGGAUCGAUUAUGAGACAGAGUGCAGAUACAGGAAAGAGGGUGCACGUUUCAUAAUAGACACAGGCACAAAAAUGGACUUAGGUUACAAUACAAUGGCUACUGGCGUUGUUUACUUCCAUAGAUUCUAUAUGUUCCAUUCAUUUAAGAACUUUCCACGAUAUGUGACCGCAUGCUGUUGUUUGUUCCUGGCAGGUAAAGUAGAAGAAACACCAAAGAAAUGUAAAGAUAUUAUUAAAACAGCAAAAACUUUAUUGACUGAACAAAAAUUUACAACAUUUGGAGAAGAUCCCAAAGAAGAAGUGAUGACACUAGAAAGAAUUUUGUUACAAACUAUUAAAUUUGAUCUGCAAGUAGAACAUCCUUAUAGCUACUUAUUAAAGUAUGCAAAGUGUCUUAAAGGUGAUAAAAAUAAACUACAAAAGAUGGUUCAAAUGGCUUGGACAUUUGUUAAUGACAGUUUAUGCACGACACUGUCAUUGCAAUGGGAACCUGAAAUUAUAGCUGUUGCACUCAUGUAUUUAGCUGGGAAACUUAGUAAAUUUGAAGUGGUCGACUGGAAUGGAAGACAACAGAAACACUUACGUUGGUGGGACAUGUUCGUUGAAGAUGUUACUAUGGAUCUUCUAGAAGAUAUAUGUCAUCAAGUAUUAGAUUUAUAUUCGCAAGCUAAUAAUGCAAAACCGCCAGAUUCUCCCCCUAUGACGCCAUCCAACGAACCGUGUAGAGAAAGAGCUGUACCAGUGCCUCCCGGUGAAGCAUCAGCAUCUACUACACCAAACGUUACACCAGGAAAGUCAGCCAAGGUCGAAGGAGUUGCAGUCUCCGCGAAUGGAUGUCCAACUACUGAUGCUGCAGACACAGUAAAACCAAUGGAUGUACCGCCACACUUCCCAACAUAUCCAGCUAAUUUCCCACCUAACAGUACCACCUAUCCACCAGCGUUCCCUCCGACAAAUGUUUCCGUACCUCCCCCUCCUGUGAAUGCAAUGAACCAUAUUGCACCACCUAUGCACCAUAUUGGUACGACAAGUACAAUUAGACCUGCACCACCUGCUCCUACCACAACCCAACCACCCUUCCAACCAUAUCCUUAUCCUACGAAUGCGUCAUACUUCGCUCCAAAUAAUCCAGUACCACCAGCAUCCGCACCGCGCACAUAUUAUCCACCGCAACCUUAACACAUGGAAACUUAUGAUACUAAGAGCGUAAUUUUUACAGAUGUGUUAUCAUAAAAUUUACGCCAACAUGUUAAAAAAGUAACUCUUUCUGGUCGUGAGGCCUUCUUUUUCUUAACAUAUUGGCAUAAAUCCUUGAUCAGCAACAUAGUAUAUAUUAAUUUAAGUUUCAUUAUUUUAAAAUUAGUAUUAUUGAAAGAAUACUAAAUAAGUCUUGUACAUAUUGUAUAUAUGUAAGGUUUGCUAUCGAUGAUAGAACUUGAGUCUAGAGUUUUUGUAUUAUCAAUAUCUAUCUUAAUUAAGUAAACAAAAUUUCUAAGAUAA